AUGCUACCAACAGCUCCCUGGAUUCCGGCUGGCAAGAAGCGAACGUUGAGUCCUGCGGGCGACUCAUCGCCUUGUCAGCGAGAUGACCGCUGUGCAUGGCCUUUGCAUGCUCUACCGAUGCGAGGUCGGCGACGCACGCAAUCGCCUAUGUACGACAACCGUGUGCGGCGGUGCCAAGACUCGUCCAUACCCACAGUGGCUCUACCACGGGAUAGCGACGAGUAUGCUUCUUCGUACAUGGUCGAGCCUCCCUUCUACCCAGGCCGUGGCCCUCCUGCUACGAUGCCGGACCUCGCUGUGCCACUGCGCAGCAACCCGUAUUACUCUGCCGCUGAGACCGAGUCGAUGGAGUAUGCCCACAGUCUUGGCCUGGUACAUCCACCUCCCACGUUCUUCCAUGCAGAGCCGCCGUUGGAUACGACGACGGGGCCGGCUGGUGUCCCUCCCUCGCCUGCACGUACUUCCUCUCCAACACGCUUUACUGCGUCGUUCUCCGGUCUCCCCAUGCAUCAAUUUGAGCAGCGCUUACACGCCCACGUCUCCUCGCAUCAUCAUCCUACCCUCGAUCCUUCCGCAUGCACAUCGCUCUUCCAUCCACUGCCAACAGAGCAGCACGACGCUUGGUCGUCUCCCUCCUCAUCGUCGUCUUCGUCCAUGGGACUCUCUUAG